AUGUCAGAAAACCCUUAUAUAACACAGGUGUCAGAGAUCAAAGAUAAUACCAUCAUUGGCUGUUACCCUUUAAAGCGAAAAAGACAGGUUCUGCAUUUUUUGCACAAAAUGGAAGCCACAGAAACCGUUCCUGCUAUAGAGCAAGAGUUGCCACAGACCCAGGCUGAGACAGGGUCCGGAACAGAAUCUGACAGUGAUGAAUCAGUAUCCGAGCUUGAGGAGCAGGAUUCCACACAAGCAGCCGACCUAGCAGCAGCAGCUGGAAACCAUGAACAACCAGUCAGUAAGGCAAAAUAAAGCCGGAGUGAAAAGAAGGCCCAGAAGGCUAUGUCCAAACCGGGUCUUCGACAGGUUACAGGGGUUAUUAGAGUCACUAUCUGGAAACCGAAGCAAAUCUUCUUAGUCAUCACAAAACCAGAUGUCUACAAGAGUCCAGCUUCAGGUACCUACAUAGUUUUGGGAGAAGCCAAGAUCGAGGUUUUAUCUCAGCAAGCGCAGCUGGCAGCUGCCGAGAAAUUCAAAGUUCAAGGUGAAGUGUCUCCAACGUUCAAGAAAACACAGACUCCAGCUGCACAAGAGGAGAGUGAAAAGGAAGAAGCUGAUGAAACAGAUGUGGAAGUUAAGGAUAUAGAAUUGGUCAUGUCACAAGCAAAUUUGUCAAGAGCAAAGGCAGUCUGAGCCCUGAAGAACAACAGUAACGAUAUUGUAAAUGCUAUUCUGGAAUUAACAAUGUAA